AUGGAACACAUCGCAAGCAAGCCGCACAAGCGACAUCCAGUUCGACCUCCGCCGGCACAGAGUGACGCCAUGACAUUCUCGAAUCAAGCAUCGACUCCACGCACUGAAUUCACGUCGCUGUUUCAGUCGGCGGACGAGGAAGGCACACCUGGCCCAGGAACAACCACCGACAACACCAAGUACUGCUUUACAUCCAUGUUGCCCACGCAAGCACACCCGUACACACCACGAGCACGAGGGGCACACGUGCCCAUGCACGAUAGAUGGACCCCGUCCAUCGUCGUACCGAUGAACUCUGUCAUCGACGCCUUCUCGAAUGUGGUUGCCACCAACAAACUCCAAGCCGACACGAGCAAGCGCACCGUGCUGCACAUAUUUUUGGACGAUUGGCUCCAACAGUUUGAAAAAGAAGAGUUCAACUACCGAUCUAUCACCGUGCAUGCUGACAUUGGUUUCAGCGAAAUCAACCGCCUCACAGGUCAAUUAGACCGCCCGCAUGACAUUAUGACUGCGUUUUGCUGCACCUUACUCGAGCGACUCGUGCCGUACUUUGGGCAAUAUCAAGACCUGCUCAAAAUACUCAGCAGCGAAGUGCAGCGCUCGAUCUACAUCAACGCCACAGUGUGCGACCAGCCCCGAGUGCUGUUCAACGCGCCAACGUACUUUUCCGCCGUCAAGGAUGUGCAGUAUCAGCUCUUAUCUCGGCUAGACAAACGCGGUGCUCGGAGCGCAAUCUUUUUCUCGAAAAAGAGCUGA